AAAAAAAUAUUGGCGAUGAUAUGCCAUAAUUUCUGAUAUAUUUUAUAUAUACUUGAAAUAUGAGCAAAAAAGAUAAUUUCUUCAUAUUGCUGUUUAAUGUAUGAUAUAAUACUUAUUAUAACUCAACCAUAUCAGGGUGUAUCAUGAAUGAAUUUAAUCCUCAAACAUUUCCUUUAUCAAAUAGUUCAGUAAUAAUGCAAGCAAAUCAGUUUGCUUUUAGUGUAGCUAACAGAUUAAGAGCUUUUUGAAUAAUUUCGUAAAAUUUAAUGCACCGCAAAUUUCGACUAAAAAUCGCGAAAUUUAGUCUCGCAAAAUAUGUCUAUGAUCUUAAAUUUUUGCAGAACUAUAUAGUCCCUGAAAUAUAUGAGAAUAUGGGAUCACUUUGUUUUUACUAAACUACAAUAUCAUUAUACAGUAGCAACACCGCAUAAUGUUGAGAAUAAAUCAUAAUUAUAGACUUAGAACUUUUUUAUUGUCAACUAUAUACACCUACUUGCGAAAACGUUGUCAUAAAAAUAUAGGACAUUUGUAUUUAGUAAAAAAAGGAAAGAAUUAAAAAGACAAAGGAAGAUCACUGAGGCUGAACGCUCUCUUUUGUCUUGUUUUAAUUUAUUCCUUUUUACUAAAUUCAAAUGUUCUAUUUUCUAUGACAACGUUUCUGCAAGUAGGUGUAUAUAUAUUUAUUUUGUAAGCAACACCAUCUGCGUACGUUCGCCUUGUAAUGACUACUAAACAUGAUUUGUGUAUAAGCGAAAACACCUCCAAUACAAUUGUCUAUUAACAAUACUCUAAUCCUUGGGUAUCUCUAAUUGGUYACUCAAUUCAAACAAAGUCAUCAAACAAUUCCAACCAACUGGGAAUACUCCCUCGCACAAGCUUUUAAAAUGCAAAUCAAGGCAGCCAGCUGGCCAACAUCCAGUAUAGACAAAAAAAAAACAUAGAAACACCACAACAAAGAGAGAACAGCCUUAAGAAGCAAAAAUGUCUUUCAAAUCGAUCGUCAACAUUGUAGUGAUUUUAUUUGUGUCAAUAAACCUAUCAGGAGGCAUAUCGAGCGACUCUUACGAGCACAAACUAAGAGCCUUAAUACUCGACAAACACGACAGAGUCGUUCGUCCAGAAGUCAAGGGUAUAUCUAGAACAGCUGUCAAAGUCGAGUUUGGACUCAUACUGAAUAAGCUUGUCAAAGUAAGCGUUAAACGAGAAACCAUUACUGUUGACACAUGGAUUGUAAUGAGCUGGAACAACACAUUUAUCGGUUGGGAUAAAAAGAAAUAUGGCAAAACGGAGAGGAUUAAUUUUGAACCGUCAGAAAUUUGGUUUCCUGAUAUCGCUCUCAUUAACAAAGUUCCUGGCCCUUUGAUGAUCAGCUAUGUAAUUUGACAUUUGGCUCAAUUACAUACGGAUCUCACCUGCUCAAAAUUGAGAAAUUUCAGACAAAGAGUGACAAAGGAGAAAAUUUCGAGGAAAGCGGAAACUGGCACAUCAACAAAGUGGUUGAAGUUACCCUCGCUGAGGCCAGCUUCGGAAACUGUUGUCCUUACAACUUCAGUCAAAUUACUUAUACAAUAGACAUGGGGCGUCGAUUUGAAUAUCAUCUCUUCUACUUGGUUGCACCAUGCUCUGUUCUUGCGUUCCUGACCAUUUUUAGCUUCUUGAUCCCGCCAGAGAGUGGGGAGAGGAUCGGCUUUGUCACCACACUCCUUCUUGGCAUGAUGGUGUUCUUGCUGAUUGUUCCAGAUUCUCUUCCCGAGUCCUCGCAGUCCAUUCCAGUUUUAGGCUUGCUAAUGAUGUGUACGAUGAUUGUGAUUGGCUUAGCACUCAUGGCCACUAUUUUCGCUUUAAGGUGUUACCACGCCAAAGGAAACCCAUCUCGUUGCUUCCAGUGCUUGAUGAAGCCCUCCAAAAUGAAUAAGACCACCCCUUCUGAAUCCAACCGUCCUAAAGCUUUUGACACUGAAAUAAAGCUUGAAGAAGUAACUGACAAUGAUUCGUUUGGUGAGCAAAUUAAUCGCGAUGAAUCGAGUGUUGAAGACGAUAAUCAUUGGUYACCAAUUUCAGAGAAGAUUGACCAAAUUUUUUUCUGGCUCUUUUUUCUUGUUGUAAUUUUGAUGUACGGUUGUACGUUGGGUGUAUCAAUGUCACAAACCAGAAAUGCAUAGCACCACAUUACAAUAUUUCGACAUUUCGACCAUAUUUGCAAUAAUAAAACCACCAAAAUCUCUCUUAGUACAGAGAAAGUACAGUACUUGCAUGCAGAAAGUCUGAGCGAGCAAGGAAACAGAAUCGYUUUUACUGAAAUAAUUUUUGCACAUUAUAUUUUUWAGAAAUAGUUGGGAAACUGGUAGGGCAUGGUCCUUAUCAAUUAUAAUUCCGCAAGUAAAACAAACGUGUGUGUGUAUCUAUUAGGGUGCUUUCCAUUUAGGCAGAACUGGCCGGCUAGUCCACUCUAUUUAGAGGUAUAUAAUGCUUUUUGUCAUU